AUGUGUUCAAAAAUAAAGGAUGGAAUUUAUGGUACCUGGCAGUUUGGAGUAUCAUCUCGUAAAGAUGGAAUUUAUUGGUAUAUAUUCGAUAUGCGACGAUCACAGUUUGUUGUUACUGAAGCCAACUCAGCGGUUGUUCGAAUUUUGCCGUUCCACUGUUCCCAACUUAAGGUAAUUACCGGUAAUAUCAAAUGGCUUGGAAUUCGUGGUAUCAACAACAGUGACUUAAUUUUAACAUUUUUAUUUGAACAGAAAACUGGUAAAUAUUAUUUGGUGACAAUGCGCGAUAAUGGUGACCAUAUUUCAGUAGUCUAUGAACAUUUUAUUUAUGUGGAAAGAGUCGACGAACUUACUCAAGCGUUCAUUACAAAAGAUGAUCGAGAUAAUUUGUACGCUAUGAUAAUUUGGCAGGCUGGUGGCAAUGGUCCAAAGACAUUUAUUCAUGCUCUUCGAAUAAAUAUUUGUCUUCCUGUUGGUAUGAUUACCACUCGUAUUGCUGCUGAUGAAAAUUUUGAUGGCAAAUGGUGUCGACCAUUUGUGAUUGAAAAUCACUUAGUACUUCGUGCGGGUAUUGCAUAUUCAUUAUCUGUUCCAAUACGAAAAAUUUGUAAAUCAGUUGAUGGAGAUUCGCCCAACAAAGAAGCAUUUACGCCAAAGAUACAGUAUAUCAACACUGGAACAUUGAUCAACGAUUCGUCAAACCUAUUUUUUGGUUCAGUUUUAUAUCGAGAUUGGGAUAUACAUUAUGUUCAUAAUACCAUUGCAAACGAUGGUCAACUCUGGGGAUAUCACUGGAAAAGUUCAACAUGGAAACCGUUGAACGUACGCUUUACACGUCAUGCUUUUAACAAAUUUGUUACUAUGCAUAUGAUUGACAAUAUGCUGUAUAUGCAUGGUGAUUGUGCAACCAAAUCAUGUAAAACUCGUGCUCAUAUUCACUGUGUUGAUUUGUCUGAUAAAUUAUGA